CGACAGUGUCGAUUCUGUUUACAGAAAGAGCGCGAAUAAACGAGUUGGUAAAUCCAAUUUACCCUUACUUUAAAUAAAUUUUUAUUCAAUACUAUCAUUUUAAUCACAACCAUGAAGACUGAGGCUUCGAAAAGAGUUGUAGUGAAAGUGGAAUCACAGAGUCAACAGGAAAUAAGUAGGAGUAUCAGAAAAACUAAGGUGCUCAAAGACGUAACAUCCGACAAGGAAAACGUGGUGAAAUCGACUACCUUUAAAGAAGCAAAAUUGGCAUCUGAACGGGAAAAGGCCGAGGCCAAAAAGAGAUCGUACGUGGACAAGGCAGUGCAAACGUUCGAAGAUUACACUGUCACAGAGGAAGAUUUAACCUCAGAAGAUGCUCCAAGCGAAGGUUAUUGGAGAAAAUUGGCUGAAAAACGGGGUGAAGCCCUAAACGAAAGUCUGCACGAAAAUGAAAAGCUCAAGGAGAACGUUGAAGCACUGCAAGAAGAAAAUAAAGUUUGCAAGGAGAUGCUGGACGAAUCCAGGAACUUAGUCGAAGUAUUACAAGAGUUGUUAAAUGAGAGUCAAGCUGAUGAUGAAGAUGAAGAAGUAGCAUCAGAAUAAGUUACCUGCUUAGUUUUUUUAAUUCUAUAAAAGUCCACAUCACUUUUAUAACACAAUAGUUUAAGUUUGAUUAUAAGGAGUAUUAAAAUACCAAAUGACUGUAAUAUUUUUAUCACAAUAAAGUUUUUGAUU